CUCUCUUGUCUGUCUCUGACUGACAACGCUAAAGAAUUGAUAUUUCAACUGUGAUCGCAAAACCCAAACCCAAACCCGAUUCGUUUCAAUGGCGAAGAAAUCUCCCAUUUGAUUUCACUGCUUUCUCACGCUACUGCGACUGUCCCUCUCUCUGUUCCCCCCCAUUUAUGCUUCAGCUUAAAGCUCCCCCACGCCAGAUCCAGAAUUAGUGGCCGAGUGGUUAAUUUAUUACCAGUUACGGGGAAACAGAUUUGGAUUUUAGCUUCCUGGUUUUCAACUUUGGGUUGCAUUUUGUCAAGUGUUUGGUGGGCAUUUGGCUUCGGAUUCGCAUUUUGGGGGGUAAAGGGAAGAAUCCGUUUUCUGGGUCUGGGAAGCGGCGAAGUCUUGUGUUUGGUUUGGGGACGGACAUAUUUGGUGGGGAUUCUGUGUCUGGUGCUUUGGUUUGAUGCUUGGUUGGGAGUGACAUUGCUCGCUCUUGGUUUAUGCUUGAGGCUUGUUGGUUUAGGGUUUGGAUUGGGAGGGCUCUGUUUGAUAUUCUCCAAUCUCGUGGAAAUCGAACAAAGAAACAACACAACUGUUUGAAGAUGGUUUCUAAAUGAAUGGGUGCAGAAACCUGGGGGCCUGAAGGUGAUGGUAGAUUAGUGUGUUGUAAUGUCGAGAGUAGCAAAGUGGAAGCUUGAAAAGACAAAAGUAAAAGUGGUCUUCCGGUUGCAGUUUCAUGCUACACAUAUUCCACAAGCUGGAUGGGACAAGUUAUUUAUAUCUUUCAUUCCGGCUGAUUCUGGAAAGGCAACAGCAAAGACAACAAAAGCAAAUGUGAGAAAUGGGACAUGCAAAUGGGCUGAUCCUAUCUAUGAAACCACAAGACUUCUCCAAGAUGUCAAAAGCAAACAAUAUGAUGAAAAGCUGUAUAAAUUUGUUGUGGCAAUGGGUUCUUCUCGAUCGAGUGUUUUUGGUGAAGCUAGCAUCAAUCUUGCUGAUUAUGCUGAUGCACUGAAGCCUUCUGCUGUUGCAUUGCCUCUUCAUGGAUGCAACUCUGGAACUAUUUUACAUGUCACAGUUCAGCUGCUAACUUCUAAAACUGGAUUCAGGGAAUUUGAGCAGCAGAGGGAACUUCGAGAAAGGGGAUUGCAGAUAGGUGCUGAUUCAAAUAAACAUGAUGGUUUUGGUACUGAUGAAGUAUCAUCUUCCGAACAGAUUACAAAUGAUCAGGUUGAAAAGAUCGAUGCAAGAGUUAGAUUUAAAACAGAAUCUAAGGACCUUCCUUCACUAGAAGAAGAAACGAAUUUAACUGAAGAUUAUGCAGACUCCGCUGUGGGAUUUGAUGGAUCAUCUAAUACUUCAGAAAGUUUAUAUGCUGAAAAGAACGACAAUUCUAGCACACAUGAGAUUGAUAGCCUGAAAAGUGCAGCAUCUGGUGAUCUAAAUGGACUUUCCCAUUUUCAAAACUCUCUGGAGGAGAAAAGGGAUACCUCUGAACGUCGGAUUUCGGUGCAGGGUAGCAGUGAUUGGGUUCAUGGCUGGAGUUCUGACUAUUCCAUGGAAAAUGACUUGGCAAUUGCUUAUGAGGAGAAUAGUAGACUUAGGAGCAGUUUGGAAGUGGCUGAAUCUUCUAUUCAUGAGCUUAAGGUGGAGGUUAGCUCUUUAAAAAGUCAUGCAGAUGAAAUAGGCACUGAAACUCAAAAAUUUGCCCAUCAAUUGGCUGCCGAGAUUGCUUCAGGAGAAGAACUGGCAAAAGAGAUUUCCACCAUGAAGCUGGAGUGUUCAAAGUUAAAAGGUGAUCUGGAACAACUUAAAAGUCAAAAAUCAAGCCCACAACAUAUGAGCAUGGAAAUUCAAAACAGCAACCAGGAUAAGUUAUUUGAAGGUAUGCAGGCUAGAUGGUUUAAGGGGCUUUUGCUCAUGGAGGAUAAGAUUAGAGAGCUUCAAAAUAAGGUGUAUCUUAACUUCAAUGAUAGAGAGUUCAGGUUCCUUGACUCAGACAUGGAGGCGUUACUUCUUAUUGUUAAGGAGUUCAAACAAGGAACUGGGGAAGCAAUUUCUCUACUGAAUUUACCUUCAGAAGUGAAAAAUGUAGAGAAAAUAGAAAUGAGUCCACGUGAAAAUGAACAAUUUAUAUCAGGAAGUGGGUUAGAUGUCGACUUGUAUCAGCCACCAGAUAUGCUUCAUUGUAUAAGCAUUCCCAGCAUAGGGACCCAAGAACUAGAUUCUGUUGAUGCUACUAAUGCAAUUAAAGGAAAAAUCUUUGAACUUCUGAGGGAGUUGGAUGAAGCCAAAGUGGAAAAAGAAAGCCUUGGAAGAAAAAUGGACCAGAUGGAGUGCUACUAUGAGGCUCUUGUUCAGGAGCUUGAGGAAAAUCAAAAGCAGAUGCUUGGAGAGUUGCAGAACCUAAGAAAUGAGCACUCCACUUGCCUGUACAGUAUUGCCACGACUACUGCUGAGAUGGAAUCCAUGCGCCAAGAUAUGAAUGAGCAAAUAUUAAAAUUCUCUGAAGAGAGAUGUGACUUGGAUUCAAUUAACAAGGAGCUUGAAAAGAGGGCUGUUACUUCAGAAGCAGCACUGAGGAGGGCUCGCUUGAAUUACUCUAUUGCAGUUGAUCAAUUACAAAAGGACCUUGACUUGCUCUCUUUCCAGGUUUUAUCUAUGUUUGAGACUAAUGAGAACCUUAUUAAACAAACCUUUUCAGAAACUUCACGAUUGUGCUUUCAUGGGCACCUAGAUGCGAGGCAGAUUCCAGAAGAAUCCGAUGCCACUAAACUUUUGCUACAUCAGAACCAAAAUGCAGGGGUAAAGAAACAAGUCUUGGGUGGAGAUAUUCUUUUAGAGGACAUGAAAAAAUCUCUCCUCUUGCAGGAAGGGCUUUACCAGAAGGUUGAAGAAGAACUCUCUGGGAUGCAUAUGGAAAAUGCAUACUUAGAUGUUUUCUCAAAGAUUCUACAAGAAACUUUACAUGAAGCAAGUGCUGACAUUAUUCUUAUGAAAAAGAAAAUAUGUGAACUUGCACAGCAUUUAGACCUUUCAAAUGAGUCUAAGAAUUCUUUAAUGCUACAACUACAAACUGCUAUGGAUGAUGUCCAGAGCCUGAAGCAGUACAAAGCUACUUGCAUUGCUAGGUGCAGUGAUAUGGCUCUGCAGAAUCAAAAUUUAGAAGCAAAGUUAGGAAGUCUUCGCAAUGAAAAUUGUCUCCUUACUCGGAAGAUCACAGAGUUGGAAGUGCUGGUGAAUGAAUGCAAAAGCUACCAAAGCAAAUAUAAAGCUUGCUCUGCUGAGAAAACAGACUUGGCAAAUUUGUUAAAGGAGGAAACUGUAAACAAUGUGAAUCUUCAAAAUGGCAUAUCAUCCUUGAGAGAAGAACUGAACACUCUCAGAGCUGAACAUGGCAAGCUGACAUAUUCAGAGCAAAAUUUGCAGCAAGUUGUUACUGUUCUAGAAGACAAUUUGGGGAGUCUGUUGGCCUCUUACAAUAAGCAAUUUAAUGGAUCUUUUCCCUUGUCCAAGUCUGUGUCCCAGGAUGCAGAGUCGAGGGAUUUGGUGGGUAUCCUUUCUCAGUUGAAACAGAUCCAGCAUAAUGCAUGUGAAAAGGUACUUCAACUUUUGCAAGAGAAGAAAAAUAUGGAGGAUGAAAGAGAUCUUGCUCUGUUGUCCUCAAGUACUGCCAACUCGGAAAUUCUGGUUGCAAAGCGGAAAUUCAAGCAUGAAAUUCAGAAUAUGGCCACUAAACUAGAGGCAUCCAAUGUCCUUUUGGAACAGUUUCAGUUGGAGCUGGAGACCCUUGGUAAUAAGCUCCAUGUUAGCUCUGAAGCUGAAGAAAAAUAUGUAUGCCAGAAUGAAGAGAUUUUGGCUGAUCUAGCAAUUUUCGAAGUUGAGUUGCAACGACUCAGUUCUAUGAAUAUGGACCUUGCCAAAGAGAUUUCGGGUUUGGGCACCAUCACCGAGGAACUCGUAAAUAGUAAGUUGAUGAUAACUGAGUUAGAGCAAGAAAAGAAGGGUCUAACAAUAUCUCUACAGGAUAAAACUGCUGAAAUUAGCAAGCUGACAUCUGAACAUGAUAGUUUGGAAGGAAGUUUGAGAUUUCUGCGUGAUGAGUUGCAUGUGGAAAGAAGGUUCAGAGAUAAACUAGAGGGGACUAUUACAGAUUUAACCUCCCAAUUGAAUGAGAAGCAUGACCAAUUGCUCCAGUUCUCACAGCAUGAAGCUGAACUGGUACAUCUGAGACAACUGUUAUCAGAUCUAGAACUAGAGAAAUCUAGAGUCUCCCAUAUUUUGCUAGAGCACGAGGAAUGUCUAAAAAAACUUAGUAAAAAAUCUUAUUGUCUUAAUGAUCUGGAAAGUCAGUUAACAGAAAUGCAUGAAUAUAUAAUUGUUGCAGAUAUUAAGGUUGUAUUCAUAAGAAUUCAGUAUGAAACACAAAUUGAGGAGCUUGCCCUGAAACUUCAGUCUUCAGAGAGUCAUUUUCUGGAGGUUAGCAAAAAGCUUUUUGAUACAGAGGCUAUGCUGAAUUGCUCACUUGCUGGUGAAGCACAUUGCAUUGAAGAAAAUGCAAACUUAGUGACAACUGUUGAGUCCCUGAGAUCAGAGUUGAAAUCAUCUGUAGCUCAGCAUGCUGUUCUGUCAGAUGUAAACAGCAUUCUGGCUGUGCAACUGGAGGAAUACAAGAAGAGCAUGGCAACAUUGGAAGUUAAUCUUGCAAUGAAUGAAAAUGAGCAUUGUCUAGAGGUGGAACAGCUGAAGCGUAUGCUAGAACUUUCUGAACAAGAGAUAGAUGACCUGAUUUCCUCCAAGGAGGAAUUGGAAAUCACCCUGAUAGUUCUCAAAGCUAAAUUGAAUGAAUUCCAUGUUCAUAUCACCUCACUGGAAGAAUAUGAUGAUGAACUGAUGAAGCUGCAGAACCAGUGUAAUGAGCUCACUCAAAGACUAACUGAACAGAUUAUGAAGACUGAAGAGUUCAAGAAUCUGUCAACCCAUUUGAAGGAGCUUAAAGACAAGGCUGAAGCUGAAUGUCUCCAUGCUCGGGAAAGAAAAGAGCCCGAAGGGCCAUCAGUUGCUAUGCAGGAGUCAUUGAGAAUUGCCUUCAUCAAGGAACAGUAUGAAACCAGGCUACAAGAAUUGAGGCACCAGCUUUCUGUUUCAACAAAGCAUGGAGAGGAGAUGCUGUGGAAAUUGCAAGAUUCUCUUGAUGAACUCGAGAAUAGGAAGAAAUCUGAAGCUUCUUACUUGAAGAGAAAUGAAGAGCUAUCACUGAAGAUAUUGGAACUAGAGGCUGAAUUACAGUCCAUAGUUUCUGAAAAACGUGAAAAAAUCAAGGCUUAUGACUGUAUAAAGGCAGAACUGGAAUGUGCAGUAUUGAGCCUUGAAUGUUGCAAGGAAGAAAAACUAAAGCUUGAAGAUUCUUUUCAGGAGUGCAGGGAGGAGAACAGUAGAAUUGCAACUGAACUUACCAAGAACAAGGGCCAGCUGGAGAUUUCUGUAUCUCCUGUGAAUAUUCUACGGGGAGAAAGUAUGUCAGAUCAACUGGACCACAUACCUGGCGGUACAGUUGCAGCAAAAGAUUACAAGGAAAAUCCAGUUGCAGGUAGUUCAAGCCUUGAUACUGUGGCCACUGUCAGCAAUGGCUCAACCGGAACACCUUUAAAGUUCUCAGAAAAACACGAUUUAAUGAACUAUCAUGCAGGAGAAGAUCAAAGCUCAAUCCCAGUCCUAUUGGUUGAAGGUGAACAUACAACUGUAACUGCAAAAGUUCAAGCUUUCCAGGAUGUUCUUGUAUCAGCAAGUGUUGAUGGAAAUUCUAAGGAUGGAUUUCUAGAGCAGGGCUCCUCGCAACACAAUGACUCAGAGCAUUUAUCUGUUAUGUACAGCCAUCUUAAAACACACAGCUUGAGAUCUAGCAUGGAUAACUUACACAAAGAGUUGGAGAGAAUGAAAAAGGAGAAUUCGCUUCUUCCAGAGGAUGAUCACCCUUUUGACACAAGUGUUGAAGGUUUACAUGAAGAACUGAUGUGGUUAGACAAGGCGAAUGAAGAGUUGAGAAGCGUAUUCCCUUCAUUUGAUGAAUUACCGGAGAGUGGGAAUGCAUUAGAAAGAGUACUAGCAUUGGAAAUUGAGCUUGCUGAGGCGCUGAGGGCAAAGAAGAAAUCAAACACCAUCUUCCAGAGUUCAUUCCUAAAGCAGCACAGUGACGAGCAAGCAGUCUUGCAAAGCUUUAGAUACAUAAAUGAGCUCAUCAAAGAGACCGUGGAAACAAAGGGAAGGUCUGCGGCUGUGGAGAGGGAGCUCAAAGACAUGCAUGACCGGUAUUCUCAACUGAGUCUCCAGUUUGCUGAAGUUGAAGGAGAGAGGCAGAAACUGAUGAUGACGCUCAAGAAUGCCCGCACAUCUAAGAAGUUUGUACCCUUGAAUCAAUCAUCAUCAGCUAGUCUCGGGGACAAGCCCUUGUAGGCCGAGUUUGAACCCUGGAUGCCUUGCUCGCAAAUUUUCCAAAUGCUUCACCACCAGACCUGUGUUAGGGCACAUCAACCGGUUUUUUAAGUUAUGCGUUCAAAUUGCCAUCCAAUGGGCUACUCUGCUGACCAUCUUCAGUUUCAAGGAUGGCUUGAAACAAAGCUUUCAGGGAUGUAAGAAGGUAAUGACGGUUUCCUUGUAAAUAAUGAAUGCCCUUCACAGCUUACAGUACAAGGUGUAGAUGUCUAUAAUAUUUGGACAAUUUCCCCCUAUCUAUAGUUUCCUUUUCCUUUUCCUUUUCCCCCUCCUCUCUGGGUGUAAUUCCUCUGUAUAGGAAAUUAUAUUCUUUAUUGACAUUUUCUUCAUUAGCUAAAGCCAUGCAAGAAGUA